AUGAGUAGUGUCGCCACUUCACCACCAAAAGUAGCAGUAGAGCACUAUGUUCAAGGGAGGCCUAGGAAAGAGCUGUAUGAGUAUUGUCAGAAGAAAGGCUUCAAGCUUGACCUCCACUGUGAUAGACGCGCCCCCACAGCACCGUGGAUUUGCAUUGCCAGUAUUGGAGCCAUUGGGAAAACUGCUGAGGGAACAGGUGCGAAUAAAGCCAAGGCGGCCGAUGAAGCGUGUUUGAAGGUUCUGCGGCUCUUGGGAGAUUCACAGCUUUUGGAAGUAGCUAGCGGGAGUAAGAGGAAAGGAAAGAAGUCUGAAGGAGUUGAUACGGCGGCAAUGGAGUGGUAUGAAUGCAGCGAUCAAAGCACACCACCGACGACCUCCUCCCCGGGCGGUACGGUAGGAUCUGGAAUUGGUGUGGUAUUCCGAGAUGGUCCCGCAGGGUACAACUCUGAUAAUGCUAAGGCAGCUGUGUUUGAGUGGCUGAAGAGGAGGAAGAUGCCGACAGGUUUCACAUAUCGUCCUGUUAACCCCAAGCAGCCCUCUACAGCGGGAUGGACGGCACAGUAUAACCAAACAGUACCAGGUGAAGAGCUCCGACUGCAGUUCAGCGAAACGGCUAGCAAUAAGAAAACAGCGUCGCAGUAUCUUGCAUUGGACAUUUGUAGUUUUCUGUAUGAGAAGGGGCUUAUAUCGGCUAACACGGGGAAGAGCGUGACGAUGAGUAAUGGAGUUACCAACCAAAUGCAGCGGACGUCAGCUAAUGCAAUGCCGAAACCCGCGGACUUGCCUAAGCCUAUCGUGGAUGAUAUUCUCACGAGUUUGGGGAAGUGGAAUAUAGAGUUGCCGUCGCCCCCUCCCCCGACUGAGCGAUAUGUACAGCUCCUGCCGUGUCUGAGGGUAGAGCCGAGUCCUAUCACAAGCGGGCCUGAUAUUGAAUCAAUACAGUGGCAGGAGCCUAACGGCACUUACGAUCCUUGGAAGCAAGUUGAUAUCAUCCCAACGGAAUCGGAGGCGACCGUUAGCAGCCGAGCCAGGGAGGAGAGGGCUGAGAGGCAAAGGUACUUGGUGUCUCAUCCCUUCCGAGAGGAGCUUCCCGUGGACCAAUUUCGAGACAAGUUGUUGAGCAUGAUUGACCAGGAGCAGGUCGUGCUGGUAUCGGGUGCUACUGGGUCUGGCAAGACGACGCAGGUGCCGCAGUUUAUACUAGAUCACUAUAUUAUGAACGAUAGAGCGACGAGCUGUAACGUGGUGGUUACGCAACCUAGACGGAUUGCCGCUAUCUCUGUGGCAGCUCGAGUGGCCGCGGAAAGGGGCGAGGUGGUUGGUGCCAACACUGUUGGGUACAGCGUGAGGUUUGAUACCAAGAACCCUCAGAGACCAUAUGGCUCGAUCCAGUACUGCACGACGGGAACGUUGCUAAGACGUUUACGUCGGGGGCUGAAAGGCAUCUCGCAUAUUGUUGUCGAUGAAAUACAUGAACGCGACCUUCAAACUGACUUUCUCUUAGCAAUUCUGAAGAGUCAUGUGAUUGGCCGUACGGGAAUUCGUAUUGUCCUCAUGAGUGCUACUGCCGAUGUAGAGCAUUUCGUUUGGUAUUAUGGACUCUCGGAGGGAAGACAAACACUGCAUGUGAGAAGACAGCAACAUCAGGUCACUACUUAUUAUCUUGAAGACAUAUGUCAAUUGAUCGACUACGACCCUCACUUCAGGCGAUCUCAGGCGAAUAGUUCGUCCAUUGGGGACUCCAUGUUUAGGGUUAAUUGCAACAUGAAUUCUCGGCAAGUGCUCGGACGUGGGUACUCACCGAGGGUGAUUGAAGGCGUUGAGUCUAUUGACGAACGAGAGCUACCGACUCAUCUUAUAGUAAGCAUACUUCAGUGGACGGCACAUACACAUGGUGUCGAGGGUGGAGCUGUUGUUGUGUUCUUGCCCGGUUGGCCGUCCAUCCAGGGUCUGUUAUGGGUGCUGAGACAGGAGCCGGAGAUCACUGCUAUCUUCGACCUCUUACCGUUACACUCACAGAUCCCACCGGAGGACCAACAAAAAGUAUUUCAAAAACCCCCACCUGGACGACGGAAAUGCAUUUUGUCUACCAACAUUGCGGAAACUUCGCUUACUAUUGAGGACGCGGUUUAUAUCAUUGAUACGUGUAAGUGCAAGUUGAAGUACUUCCAUUCUGAACGGCAAAUGUCCAGUCUGGACGUUUCCUGGGCUGGCAAAUCUAACUGCAAGCAACGUCGUGGACGAUGUGGCCGAGUUCGAGACGGGUUCUGUUUUCGCCUGAUUACGAAGGCCCGAUACGAGCAUUUGCAGGAACACAUUAUGCCCGAGAUGAUGAGAUGCGAGAUGAUGGAACCAAUAUUGGCUAUUCUACGACUACGUUUGGGAGAUCCUCGAUAUGUGUUGCAUAAUUGCAUUGAUCCGCCGCCACCUCAAGCGGUUGAAGAUGCGCUCAAGAAACUGAUGACUAUGAGAGCUGUUGAGGGCAACACUGGGAAGCUAUCGGACAUCGGAGUGUUCCUCGCCGACCUUCCAGCGGACCCCCCUGUGGGCUUGUCCUUGAUAUAUUCUCUCAUACUAGGCGUCUUUGACAAGGCAGUGACUAUAGCUGCUAUGCUCUGUCAAGGAGAUCCAAGUGCUCUGUCUGUCCAGGAUAAGGAUACACCUCCCAACGCCCAACUGGAGCCGGAGAAUAUGAUGUUUGGGUACGCCGUGAGCGACAUCUCGGACCACGCCCAUUUGGUAGAGGUGUUCGAGCAAUGGGAUAGGCUUUACUCUAAUUACGGCCAUCAGCGAGCUUCCGAUUUCGCUUGGAGGAGUGGAUACAACAACAGAAGUCUUGUAGCAGUGCGCAAUACACGAAGACAACUCCUGGACUUCGUUUAUCAGAAGGGCCCCGCUUUGAUCGCUACGAAGACUGAAGCACCAGCGGUGAAGCAGUGGCAGCUACUGACGGCUUGUUUGGCCGCCGCGCUGUCACCAAAGUUCGCGUUGCAUGAUACGGGAAAGCAGGCGUGGGUCCAGUACACUGAGCGCGCCAAGAUAGAUAGGGCUUCGAGGUGA